GAAAUCUAUAUAAAGGGUACGAUUUUUAAUUAUUUUAUCAUCAAUCUAUAAAUAUUUUUUCAGCAUAUCUAAAAAAUGGGCUUGAAAGGUAAGUUGAGUGCUUCUAUAGAAAUAAAUUGUGGAGGACACUUAAUGUAUGAUUAUUUAUACACCAAACCUCAUCUUAUACCCAACAUAACACCUAGCAAGAUACUGAGUUUUGAGUUUAUCGAAGGCGAAAUCAUAAAGGUUGGUUCAGUUAUUAGGUGGAAAUAUAACGAUGAUGGAAAAGAUAAGAUUGUAGAGGAAGUGUUUGAAGCCAUUGAUCCUGAAAGUAAAUCAAUCACUUCGAAAAUAAUUGGCGGAGAUAUGUUAGAGCUGUAUGAUUCCUUCACUUUUAUUUCGUCAAGUGAUCAGCAAUGGGCUACAUGGACAUUUCUGUACAAAAAGAAAACUGAAGAAACUCCGGAACCUCUUGCUCUAUUGGGUUUUCUCAUUGGUGUGACAAAAGAUAUAGAGAAUCACCUUCUCAAGUAAUAAUUAUGAAAAACAAAAUGUGUGUAUUUACACACAUACAUAUAUCAUAUAAUAAUAUAUAUGUGUGUUUGUGUUAUAUUAGCUAGCUAGUUUUAACUAGUUAGCUAGUGUGUGAAAUUAGUUAAAUUAUGUUUGAAGAGUGUAUUACAUAUAUGUACUCCCUCUCCUUCUAGGAAUUGUAUUUCCAAUGUUUAAUAUAUGUAAGAUAUAUUAUGAAUAAUUGUAAGUUUGAAAUUUACCUUUUUAAGUACUCUAUUAACAAAAACAAUGUUAUAUUUAAAA